UUAUCAAGUGCUGUGGGAAAAAGUCAUGUUACGCGUCCUUGCCAAAUCAUACAGGCCUCCAUAAAAGCAGAGCACCUGCGGCAGCUUUGACUAAAAAAGUCUCAAUGAGCACAAUUUUAUCUAAAUCGAUCACAUUUGGUAAUAAAACCAUCCCUGUGAUCACAACGAAUCCACCAGUGAUGUUUGAAGAGAGCACAGAUGAUACGACUGAGCAAAGCCAAGAAACUGCUACCACUUCAAACGGUUUAUUGGAAUUUUCUAGUGAAGCUACAGAAGAACCAUCAUCAAAUAAAGAAAAAAUUAUAACUACAAAUAUUGAAGUCACAAAAUCCAUUGAUAUAUUUUCUACUCUUUCACCUACCAUAGCACCCACAACUUCAACAGUUAUGCCUACCACAACUACAACAAGACCACCAUUGUGCAACUGUCAAACCUGCAAAAUUGUCUCUGAUGAUGCAAUUAGUAUUAAAGAUCCAGAAAAAUAUGGAGCAUGGACACGUGUAGACAAUGCCACUUAUUUAUUUGGAGGCUAUCCAAUGACAUGGUCAAAUGCCUGGCAAAAAUGUUGCAGCUUAGGCAUGUGGCUUAUCAGCUUUGAGUCAUUUUUAAAGAUAAAACGCGUUGGGGAAGUAAUUAAAAAUUGGCCUCACAACACUCAAUUCUGGACCAGCGGUACUUCCAAGGGAUGCACCAACGGUACAUUUGUGUGGUGCUCUAGCAACGAUCCACAGUUUGAAACCGGAAGUUGGCACCCAAACGAGCCAAACGAGAAAAAUGGUAGCAUUGAUGUGUGCGUCAGCGCUAGUUUAGCAAAUGGUGCUUUCCUGUUGAGCGACAACCCGUGCUCCUACAGAUACGCUUUUGCGUGUGAAGCAAACUCCAUCGUUAAAUUCAUGGAAAACCCUGUAGACCAGCUACAAAACGGAUGCCCACCGAAACAGGACUGUGGAAAUAAUAUGCUUGGACUACCUACAUAUAAUGCAGAUGGACUUAUCCAAGAGCCCGGCCCAAUCAGAGGGACUUUUCAAAUUAGCUGUGGAUAGUUCUACUAUUUCUCACGAAUGCAAAAAUCGUGGGCUGAUGCAAGAAACUACUGUUGCAGCAUUGGAAUGGACUUGGCGAGUGUACAUCUGAUUGAAAAGAGGGAGUGCAUUGCAAACAUAUUUAAUAGUAAAUAUUUUCAAAUUCAAGAAAACUCACUUUGAGAGCUCCCUCUUCGAUUGAAUGCAACAUCAUAUUGGAGUUCUGGCAGAGCAACAAAGAUUCCAGGAAAGCACUUCUGGUGCUCAACAGAAUCAUACUUUUAUCAGCGAGAAACGGUGUGGGCUGAAAACUAUCCGAAAAACGAGCACACCUGCGUGGUCAUUUCAUUCAACAAAACAUCAAACAAUACAGAUCUAAAGACAGCUUUUUGCGAAGAGGAAAAACAUUUUCUCUGCGCUGCAUUUACCUUUCAUCAACCAAAGGGAAACAAGGCACAGAGGAUGUUUUGGGAUUGCAAGAGAACUUAUGACAUCGGUCCAUUGGAGGAGGACAAUCUUUUAGCUUUUUCCAUGACGCCACCAAGACUCAAUCUAAUGUGCUUUGCCAGAUGCAUGGGCCAAUAUCAUCGCAAAAUAUUAGAUACAAGUGCUAAUGAAAACAGCAUUUUGAGAGGCUUGGAGGAUUUACAGAUGAGCCCCACGGAAGUUCAGACAAUUUACGCAGUUUUAGAAAAGUGCGAUUUAGCUACGGCAAAAAUGAAUUACAGUCGGUGUGAGUUUACCUACAUGAUUGCAAAGUGUGCACUCAUUAGCAGCUAUCAGACCCUGCUAAAAACUAUAACUCUACUGACUGGUAACUAUAAUGAUGUACUGCCAACAACUUUGCCGUGUGAGCCAAACUAUCAAUACUGCAAUGUUGAUUAUCAAUGCGGGCAAAAUGCUGCACUCAUAGGUCAAUUGAAAACAACAGGGAAAACCGACGUUGGAAAAUCAGUGUCUGCCCAAUGGAGCUAGUUAUUUUGUAGCAAAGGGUAACAACAGUCACAACUUUUCUUACGGCGACGCAUACUUGUACUGCUGCUCAAUCGGAAUGAAACUAAUAGAAAUUGAGAAUAUAAAAGAGUUAGAUGAUUUAAUGCAAUUUGAUGCAACAUUGAGACCCCUUAACAUGACAGCAGUUGGGCCCUUAAAUGAAGAUGAAAUUGGAGACCCAGCAAAGUGGUGCUCAUCGGGUGCACCAAUUCCUCUAGCUCUUUUUCCACAGGGAAAAGUUCCCAAAGACCCAUGUUUCAAAACAUCCAAUUGCUUAUUUUUGAAACUGAUGUCAGACAACAUGACUCCAGACAACACCUUGUUGUAUCAAAAUUGCGAAUCUACCUUGGUCACAUUAUUUGUGUGUGAAUAAAAUGCUU